AUGAGUAAACUCCCAAAGGCUGGGACCUGGAAGUUGGAAGCUUCAGGUCGAACAAAUACCGCUUCUACCAUCCGUGGGAAGAUUUCUGCUCCUAUUCUGAUACAGGACGACGACGAAUUUCCAAUUCGGUCUCCAGGAACUGGUAUAGCAACUCCUCUUGAAUCUCUUAAUGCGGAUGGAAUCGACAAAGUUAUGAGAGGGUCUACCAUUUCCGGCCGAGAUAGUGCUCUGGCACAUGGAGAUAUUGGGAUAGGUAGCUAUAUCGAACCACCCAGGCAGAUGGGAACCUCCCCUUUACCAUCCGACCGGUCAUCCCAGAAUCCCCCUACACGCAGGACAGAAAACUAUAGCGUUCCCAGGAGCUUAUCGCCUGUUGGCAGACCAUCAGGGUCAAUUCUCUCGAAGCCUGCGCGAAAGAAGUCGACCUUUAAAGGAGUGUUUGGCAAGAUAUUUGGAAAGAAACGAAAAGAUGCGCCAAACAAGAAGCAGGGCGUUGACCCUCUGCAAAGUGAACAACAUCACCGUAGUGACCCAACUGCGCUCAGCCGAAUUCCAAUGAAUACCGCAACCUCACCCAAACGUUCUACCUCCAUGCCAAUCAAUGAGUUUAAUCGAGCCCUUGGAUCGCAUUCUCCUUUCGUAGACAACAGCCUAAAGGCACAAAGUAAUACCGAGCGGGACCCAAAUCGCAUAUCUACACAAACACGAAGUACAACAACAAGAACAAAGGUCACGACGGGUAGGUUGUAUACGCCAAAUAAAACACCAGGCUAUGUGGAUUGGACAGGACUUUCACCGCGGCCUGCUAGCGCUCAGGCUAAAGGCAGUAAAGCUCCCUCUGACGAGAAGGGUUCGGGGUCAAUUGGGAUGGCAAUCACAAGUGGCAGUCAUCCGAACAGACGUUCGAGGUCUCUCGGACAAUUGCGAGAAGCUGCAAGAGUUGCGGGAGGCAUGAGUAGACGUCGCAGCGAUGAGAUUCGCUAUUGGAGAGCAAGCUACGAUCCGGGACCAUCAUCUCCCUUAUUCUCGAAUAAGGCGGAAGCGGAAGAAUCUAUAUUAAUGAACGAUCCCGAAAGUCCACGGCCGGUAGAGUCUCGGGAUAAACCACAACCGUUCAACUUUGGCCAAUUAAGUGGAUUGGCUGGCAUGAAGAUUACCCAGGCCGCUGAUCUAGCAACAAGAGUUGAUCGUAUCGAGUCUAGACUAGUUGAGAUGGAGAAAACAGUAUAUCAGAUCCUUCGGCGCCUAAAUGGAAAUGGAGAUCAUGUCACUCUCCAAGAUCCUCCAAGUGGAGCCAAAAGAAUUCGCAGUUCCUCUGCAACUCGUCCUCCAACCGAUAACUCAGAAACGACCUUGCCGGUCUUACCUCGACAUCGAUAUUGGCACGGAUUUGGCACUCCAAAUUUGCUUUCCUCAAAUAACAACACUCAUCGUCCCACAUCCUCGUCUUAUAAUUCUUACCAUCCUGACUUUGAUGAUACACACCCAACUCCAUACGUCACAACAACAGAUGAUCGUGUUCAUCUCAAAAGUUCCCACACCACCGGUCGUCCUCUUUCAACUUCAACUACUAUCCGUGGUCUUCCAUCAAACUCUCCUACAAUACCAAAAGAUGCCCCUUUGACAAUUGAGCAUUAUACCAACUUGACAAAUAUGUUCCUAGCGGAGCAAUCUGCUCGCCAGCAUCUUGAAAAUAUUGUUCUCGCACUACAACGUCAACUCGCCUCCUAUCCUUCAAUAGCAUCCACCUCAUACCCAAUCCCCGAUUCUGUCACUGGAAGCGGUCCUAUUCUCGAUACUCCAUCGUCGACUAAGAGCACAUUCGAAGGAUUUGGCGUCGAUAGUGAUGAUGAUGCAUAUGCAGCAACUCCCGAAGUCUUUCAGACUCCCAAUGAGGAAUUCGGCGGCCCAGACUUCGGGGAUGAGGUUUUCGGAACUGGAAAGGGAAACGCCAAUGGAAAUGUAAGACUGAGCGUUGACACUGGGAAUAGUGAUGUAAGGACGUUGAGUUUGAGUCAAAUCACGCUAGGGAAGGGUGUUCAGCCUAGUUUGAACUUCUAG